UGAUGUACGUCGCCGUUACAAUGCCUACGCUUCCAGCAGUCAGGAAAGUUGUCGUUAUUGGUGCCGGUGCAUCAUGCUUAUGCGCACUGCGCCAUUUUUCCGCGGAUCCCAAUUAUGAUGUGGUCGCAUACGAAGCCGCUUCGACGCUUGGCGGAAUCUGGAAUUAUAUAUCAGCUCCAAGCACACAUUCGCUAAAACCAAUCCUCAAAAAUCACCCUUCGACUGACUCAACACCGUUUGCAGAGUCGUUCGGUCCUUUGGCGAUUACAACCAUUGUUUCCCGCGAAAAUAUGUCGGGAUACCUAAAUGAUUACGCUGCCCACUAUGAUUUGAUGCAGUAUUUCAAGUUUCGGCAUCAGAUUUUAAGCCUGAAUCCACUGAACAAUGAAAACCAUCCACAUAAACCGCAGUUCAUGGUUACUGUCGUGGAUUUGGAAACGGAAAUAUCAGAAGAAAUCAUUGCCGAUAUUGUACUCUUGUGCACUGGUCACGACACGAAGCCUUAUCAGCCUUCACUGCAUAACAUCGAUGCCUUCCAAGGAAUUGUUACACACAGUAGCGAAUAUUCCGGACCGGAAACGUACAAAAACCUUCGGGUUGUUGUAAUGGGGCAUACGUCCAUAGCCAAUGAAAUUGUUUGUGAACUUCUGUCGGUUACGAAGAAGGUAAUCUUUGUUCCUGUGCCCCAAGCGCAAGAUGAACACUAUUAUUCUCCCGGUGGAUUCUCGUUUGACUUCGAUAAAUUUCUCACCGACACCAUGCCCGGAAAAGUGCUCAGUUGUCUGCUUGAAUCAGUCAAAAGCUUUUGCUGUUCAACAUCCACAACGCAGCAAUUUGAUGUACCGGAGAUGUUCACCGAAAUCUUACAGACACACUCCAUUGUGACCUUUAAGGAAGAGUCUGUGGUGUUGCCCAAUGGAAAGAACGAGCGUAUUGACGCGGUCAUCCUGGCUACCGGGUUCGACUAUGACUUUCCCUUUUUAACACCCGAAUGCCAAACGGAAGUGUCACCCGGACGAGUUAGUCCGCUGUACCGGCAGCUGAUCCACAGCCGGCUGCACACCUUGGCCUUUGUUGGCUUGCAUAAUGUGGUGCCGUAUCUAGUGACCGGCACCGAAAUGCAAAUUCGCUUUUACAAAGCUUUUCUGGAUGGGAAGAUUACUCUGCCUUCCGUGGAUGAAAUGCUAGAAGCUGACACCGCUGAGGAAUACUGUAAGCUAUACUGGGCGCAUAAAAUGGUGAAGCAGGUGUGGCCGUAUACGGUGGCGCCCACGUGUGCGGCUGCCGGUGAAAGUGAUAGUAAAGCGGACAGUGGCGAGGAGACUACGCCUCGGCGCACCGAAAACACUCUGACCGUCGAGGCGUGCAGCAUUUCACCGGACCGGAUUUCGCAGCAGUUUUCCUCGUCGUUAGUGAGACGGAUUUCGCCCUUACCGGGAAAAUUGAAUAAGGAGAUCAAACGGCGGAGUUCGGCAAAAAUUGUGCAGUUCAAAGUCGGGGAUAAAGUAUUACGCAAGUCGCUCAGCUUUUCUGGUUCGAUCGCGGGAUCACCUAAUUGCACGGAAGAUCAGGAAGGAUUGUCGGGAUGAUAAGGAAAUCUAAUUACAUUUCUAAUUCGUGGAAAACACAAAUUACCAAGCAUUGACCAGUUUUUACUGUGCCAGUAGUCGUACCAUAGCAUGUAACAUCCCAUGUAUUCCAACUCGUUUAAAUCUGCAGUUGCUGUUGUGUUAUGUAAUAAUUAUUUCUUCGAGUCCAUUCAGUUUGCGGUAGUAGCCUGCGGCGCACUUGAGUACGCAAUACUGACAUCUCGUGAUGGCAAACUAUAUGGUUUGCAUAUUAUUAUUAAGUUGGCGCGCAGUUAUAGUAUAUGC